UUUUCCUGCAGGUUGCAAAGGGAACCAAACUUGGUGGCCACUUGCCUUCUAGGGCGUCUCUCCCCACCCCCUGUCAUGAUGCGCAGGGGUCCGGGGCCCGGGCUGCUGCUGCUGGCCGUCCUGUGCCUAGGGUCAGCGGUGCCUUCCACCGAAGCCUCCAAGAGCAAGAGGCAGGCUCAGCAAAUCAUUCAGCCCCAGGCCCCGGUGGCUGUUAGCCAAAACAAGCCUGGUUGUUAUGACAAUGGAAAACACUAUCAGAUAAACCAACAAUGGGAGCGGACCUACCUAGGCAAUGCUUUGGUUUGUACCUGUUAUGGAGGGAGCCGAGGAUUCAACUGCGAGAGUAAACCUGAACCUGAAGAGACCUGCUUUGACAAAUACACCGGGAACACUUACAAGGUGGGCGACACUUACGAGCGCCCCAAAGACUCCAUGAUCUGGGACUGCACUUGUAUUGGAGCUGGCCGAGGAAGAAUAAGCUGCACCAUCGCAAACCGAUGUCAUGAAGGUGGCCAGUCCUACAAGAUUGGUGACACUUGGAGGAGACCACAUGAGACCGGAGGUUACAUGCUAGAGUGUGUGUGCCUUGGUAAUGGCAAAGGAGAAUGGACCUGCAAGCCCAUAGCGGAGAAGUGUUUUGACCAUGCUGCUGGCACUUCCUAUGUUGUUGGGGAAACCUGGGAAAAGCCCUAUCAAGGCUGGAUGAUGGUGGAUUGCACUUGUCUGGGAGAAGGCAACGGGCGCAUCACUUGUACCUCUCGAAACAGAUGCAAUGAUCAGGACACUAGGACAUCCUAUAGGAUUGGAGACACGUGGAGCAAGAAGGAUAAUCGGGGAAACCUACUCCAGUGCAUCUGCACAGGCAAUGGCAGAGGGGAGUGGAAGUGUGAACGGCACGCGUCUGCACAGACCACCUCCACCGGAUCUGGCUCCUUCGCAGAUGUCCGGACAGCCAUUUACCAGCCCCAGCCUCACCCCCAACCCGCUCCCUAUGGCCACUGUGUCGCAGACAGUGGCGUGGUUUAUUCUGUAGGGAUGCAGUGGCUGAAGACCCAAGGGAACAAGCAAAUGCUUUGCACUUGCCUGGGCAAUGGAAUCAGCUGCCAAGAGACGACGAUAAGCCAAACUUAUGGUGGCAAUUCCAAUGGGGAUCCGUGCGUGUUGCCAUUCACCUACAACGGCAGGACUUUCUACUCCUGCACCACAGAAGGGCGUCAGGAUGGUCAUCUCUGGUGCAGUACCACUUCCAAUUAUGAACAAGACCAGAAAUACUCGUUCUGUACAGACCAUAAUGCCUUGGUUCAGACUCGAGGGGGAAAUUCCAAUGGUGCCUUGUGUCAUUUCCCGUUCCUGUACAACAACCAGAAUUAUACCGACUGUACUUCGGAGGGUAGAAGGGACAACAUGAAAUGGUGUGGAACCACACAGAACUAUGAUGCUGACCAGAAGUUCGGAUUCUGCCCCAUGGCUGCUCACGAGGAAAUCUGUACGACCAACGAAGGGGUCAUGUACCGCAUUGGAGACCAGUGGGACAAGCAGCAUGACAUGGGUCACAUGAUGAGGUGUACCUGUGUUGGGAAUGGUCGUGGGGAAUGGACGUGUGUUGCCUACUCCCAGCUCCGAGAUCAGUGCAUUGUCGACGACAUCACUUACAAUGUGAAUGACACCUUCCACAAACGUCACGAAGAGGGACACAUGCUGAACUGUACCUGCUUUGGUCAGGGUCGGGGCAGAUGGAAGUGCGAUCCCAUUGACCAAUGCCAGGAUUCAGAAACUCGAACAUUCUAUCAAAUUGGAGACUCGUGGGAGAAGCACGUGCAUGGUGUCCGGUACCAAUGCUACUGCUAUGGCCGCGGCAUUGGAGAGUGGCAUUGUCAACCUGUGCAAACCUAUCCAGGUUCAACUGAUCCUGUCCAAGUAAUCAUCACUGAAGGUCCCAGUCAGCCCAACUCCCACCCCAUCCAAUGGAAUGCCCCCGAAUCAUCUCACAUUACCAAGUACAUUCUCCGGUGGAGACCUAAAAAUACGCCAAGUCGUUGGAAGGAAGCAACCAUUCCAGGCCACUUAAACUCAUACACCAUCAAAGGCCUGAGGCCAGGUAUGAUCUAUGAGGGGCAGCUCAUCAGCGUCCAGCAGUACGGCCACAGAGAGGUCACGCGCUUUGACUUCACCACCACCAGCGCCAGCCCCCCCAUGACUGGCAACACAGUGACAGGAGAGACGACACCCUUUUCUCCAGUCGUGGCCACUUCUGAAUCUGUGACUGAAAUCACCGCCAGUAGCUUUGUGGUCUCGUGGGUCUCGGCUUCUGACACUGUGUCAGGGUUCCGUGUGGAAUAUGAGCUGAGUGAGGAGGGAGAUGAACCACAGUACCUGGAUCUUCCAAGCACAGCCACUUCGGUGAACAUCCCUGACCUGCUUCCUGGCAGAAAAUACAUCGUAAAUGUCUACCAGAUCUCUGAAGAAGGAGAACAGAGCUUGAUCCUGUCUACUUCACAGACAACAGCACCGGAUGCACCUCCUGACCCUUCUGUGGACCAAGUGGAUGAUACCUCAAUUGUUGUUCGCUGGAGUCAACCUCAGGCACCCAUCACAGGAUACAGAAUAGUCUAUUCACCAUCAAUUGAAGGUGGUAGCACAGAACUCAACCUUCCUGAGACAGCUAAUUCCGUCACCCUCAGUGACUUGGAACCCGGGGUUCAGUAUAACAUCACUAUCUAUGCUGUGGAAGAAAAUCAAGAAAGUACUCCUGUUUUCAUCCAACAAGAAACCACCGGUGUCCCACGGUCAGAUAAAGUUUCCCCUCCCAAGGACCUACAGUUUGUGGAUGUGAGCGACGUGAAGAUCACUAUCAUGUGGACGCCCCCUGACAGUGCGGUGACUGGUUACCGUGUGGAUGUGAUCCCCACCAACCUGCCUGGGCAACAUGGACAACAGCUCCCCAUCAGCAGAAACACCUUUGCCGAGGUCACUGGUCUGUCUCCCGGGGUCACCUAUUACUUCAAAAUCUUCGCAGUGAACCAUGGGAGGGAGAGCAAGCCUCUGACUGGCCAACAGACAACCAAGUUGGAUGCCCCCACUAACCUCAGGUUUACUAAUGAGACGGACUCAACUGUCUUAGUAACUUGGACCCCACCUCGGGCCCAGAUAGCAGGAUACCGACUGACCUUGGGCCUCACCCGUGGAGGCCAACCCAAGCAGUACAACGUGGGGCCUUCAGCCACCCAGUACCCACUGAGGAAUCUGCAGCCUGGGACUGAGUACACUGUAACCCUCGUGGCUGUCAAAGGCAACCAGCAGAGCCCCAAAGCCACUGGAAUCUUUACUACUCUGCAGCCUCAUGGUUCCAUCCCACCUUACAACACAGAAGUGACCGAGACGACCAUUGUGAUUACAUGGACACCUGCUCCAAGGAUUGGCUUCAAGCUCGGUGUCCGGCCAAGCCAGGGAGGGGAGGCACCACGAGAAGUGACUUCAGACUCGGGAAGCAUCGUUGUGUCUGGCCUGACUCCAGGCACGGAAUAUAUUUAUACCAUCUCAGUCCUGAGAGAUGGGAAGGAGAGAGAUAGACCGAUUGUGAACAGAGUUGUGACACCCUUGUCUCCACCAACCAACUUGCACUUGGAAGCAAACCCUGACACUGGCGUGCUCAUUGUAUCAUGGGAGAGAAGCACCACUCCAGACAUUUCUGGUUACAGAAUUACCACAACCCCCACCAACGGCCAGCAGGGAUAUUCUUUGGAAGAAGUUGUCGACUCCGAUCAAAGUUCCUGCACUUUUGAAAAUCUGAGUCCUGGCGUGGAGUACAAUGUCAGUGUUUACACUGUCAAAGAUGACAAGGAAAGUGUCCCUAUCUCUGAUACCAUCAUCCCAGAGGUGCCCCAACUCACUGACCUAAGCUUUGUUGACAUAACCGAUUCAAGCAUCGGUCUGAGGUGGACCCCGCUAAACUCUUCCACCAUUAUUGGGUACCGCAUCACAGUAGUUGCGGCAGGAGAAGGUAUCCCUAUUUUUGAAGAUUUUGUGGACUCCUCAGUAGGAUACUACACAGUUACAGGGCUGGAGCCGGGCAUUGACUAUGACAUCAGCGUUAUCACUCUCAUUAAUGGCGGAGAGAGUGCCCCUACUACACUGACACAACAAACGGCUGUCCCUCCUCCCACUGACCUGAGAUUCACCAAUAUUGGUCCAGACACCAUACGUGUCACCUGGGCCCCACCUCCAUCUAUUGAACUGACCAACUUCCUAGUGCGUUACUCACCUGUGAAAAAUGAGGAAGACGUUGCGGAGUUGUCGAUUUCUCCUUCAGACAACGCAGUGGUCUUAGCAAAUCUCCUGCCUGGCACAGAAUAUUUAAUCAGCGUCUCCAGUGUUUAUGAACAACAUGAGAGCAUGCCUCUUAAAGGAAGACAGAAAACAGGGCUUGAUUCCCCAACUGGCAUUGACUUUUCUGAUAUCACUGCCAACUCUUUCACUGUGCAUUGGAUGUCUCCUCGAACCCCCGUCACUGGCUACUGGAUUCGCCAUCAUCCUGAGCAGAGUGUUGGAAGGCCCCGGGAAGAUCGCGUGCCCCCCUCUCGGAAUUCCAUCACCCUCACCAACCUCAAACCAGGGACCGAGUAUGUGGUCAGCGUCGUUGCUCUCAAUGGCAAAGAGAAAAGUGCCCCAUUAGUUGGCCAACAAUCAACAGUUUCUGAUGUUCCAAGGGACCUGCAAGUUAUUGCCACGACUCCUAAUAGCUUACUGAUCAGCUGGGAUCCUCCUGCCCUGUCCGUGAGGUUUUACAAGAUCACCUAUGGAGAAACUGGAGGAAAUAGUCCUGUCCAAGAAUUCACAGUGCCUGGGAGCCAGUCUACAGCCACCAUCACCGGCCUUAAACCUGGAGUCAACUAUACCAUCACUCUGUAUGCUGUCACCGGCCGGGGGGACAGUCCAUCAAACAGCAAGCCCAUUUCCAUUGAUUAUCGAACAGAAAUAGACAAACCAUCCCAAAUGCAAGUGACUGACGUUCAAGACAACAGCAUUAGUGUCAGGUGGCUGCCUUCAAAUGCCCCUGUUACUGGUUACAGAGUGACCACCACUCCCAAAAAUGGCCCAGGACCAUCGAAAACGCAAACUGCAGGCCCAGAUCAAACAGAAAUGACCAUCGAGGGCUUGCAGCCCACCAUGGAGUAUGUGGUUAGUGUCUAUGCUCAGAAUCAAAAUGGAGAGAGUCAGCCUCUGGUGCAGACAGCAGUAACCAACAUUGAUCGCCCUAAAGGACUGGCAUUCACUGAUGUGGAUGUCGAUUCCAUCAAAAUUGCUUGGGAAAGCCCACAGGGGCAGGUUUCCAGGUACAGGGUAACCUACUCGAGCCCUGAGGAUGGAAUCCAUGAGCUCUUCCCUGCACCUGAUGGUGAAGAAGACACUGCAGAGCUGCAAGGCCUCAGGCCGGGUUCUGAGUACACAGUCAGUGUGGUUGCCUUGCACGAUGAUAUGGAGAGCCAGCCCCUGAUUGGAACCCAGUCCACAGCCAUUCCUGCACCGACCAACCUGAGGUUCUCUCAGGUGACACCAACCAGUGUGUCUGCCCAGUGGACAGCACCCAAUGUUCAGCUCACUGGAUAUCGAGUGCGGGUGACACCCAAGGAGAAGACUGGGCCAAUGAAAGAAAUCAACCUUGCUCCUGACAGUUCAUCUGUGGUAAUAUCAGGACUGAUGGUGGCCACCAAAUAUGAAGUGAGCAUCUAUGCUCUUAAGGACACUCUGACCAGCAGACCAGCUCAGGGAGUCGUCACUACUCUGGAGAAUGUUAGCCCUCCAAGGCGGGCCCGCGUGACAGAUACAACUGAGACCACCAUCACCCUUAGCUGGAGGACCAAGACGGAGACCAUCACUGGCUUCCAAGUUGAUGCCAUCCCAUCCAACGGGCAGGCCCCGAUUCAAAGAACCAUCAAGCCAGAUGUUCGAAGCUAUACUAUCACAGGUUUGCAACCAGGCACAGACUACAAGAUCUACCUGUACACCCUGAACGACAACUCCCGGAGCUCACCUGUGGUCAUAGAUGCCUCCACAGCCAUUGAUGCGCCAUCCAACCUGCGUUUCCUGGCCACCACACCCAACUCCCUACUGGUGUCCUGGCAGCCACCUCGUGCCAAGAUUACUGGCUAUAUCAUCAAGUAUGAGAAGCCUGGAUCCCCUUCCAGAGAAGUAGUCCCUCGACCUCGCCCUGGUGUCACAGAAGCUACUAUUACAGGCCUGGAACCCGGAACCGAGUACAUAGUCUAUGUCAUUGCCCUGAAGAACAAUCUGAAGAGUGAGCCCCUGAUCGGCAGAAAAAAGACAGAUGAGCUUCCCCAACUGGUAACCCUUCCACACCCCAAUCUUCAUGGACCAGAGAUCUUGGAUGUUCCCUCCACAGUUCAAAAGACCCCUUUCAUCACCAAUCCUGAGUAUGACAAUGGAAACGGUAUUCAGCUUCCUGGCACUUCCGGUCAGCAGCCUAGUGUUGGGCAACAAAUGAUCUUUGAGGAACAUGGUUUUAGGCGGACCACACCACCCACAACGGCUACCCCUGUAAGGCAUAGGCCAAGACCAUACCCGCCGAAUGUAGGUGAGGAGAUACAAAUUGGUCACGUUCCCAGGGGAGACGUAGACCAUCACCUCUACCCUCACAUCCUGGGACUCAAUCCAAAUGCCUCUACAGGACAAGAAGCUCUCUCUCAGACAACCAUCUCUUGGACCCCAUUCCAGGAAAGUUCUGAGUAUAUCAUUUCAUGUCAUCCAAUUGGGAUCAAUGAAGAACCCUUACAGUUCCGAGUUCCUGGAACUUCUGCUAGUGCUACCCUGACGGGCCUUACCAGAGGGGCCACCUACAACAUCAUAGUGGAGGCACUGAAAGAUCAGAGAAGGCACAAGGUUCGGGAGGAGGUUGUUACCGUGGGCAACUCUGUCAAUGAAGGCCUGGGCCAACCCACGGACGACUCGUGCUUCGACCCUUACACAGUCUCGCAUUACGCCGUUGGAGAGGAGUGGGAGCGCUUGUCUGAAUCUGGCUUUAAGCUCUCCUGCCACUGCUUAGGCUUUGGCAGUGGUCAUUUCAAAUGUGACUCAUCUAAAUGGUGCCAUGACGAUGGUGUGAACUAUAAGAUUGGAGAGAAGUGGGAUCGUCAAGGGGAAAAUGGCCAGAUGAUGAGCUGCACAUGUCUUGGAAACGGAAAAGGAGAAUUCAAGUGUGAUCCCCAUGAGGCAACGUGUUACGAUGAUGGGAAGACGUACAAUGUAGGAGAACAGUGGCAGAAGGAAUAUCUCGGUGCCAUUUGCUCCUGCACAUGCUUCGGAGGCCAACGGGGUUGGCGCUGUGACAACUGUCGCAGACCCGGGGCUGAUGCCGGCCCUGAGGGCUCCCCGGGCCAUUCCUACAACCAGUAUUCUCAGAGAUACCAACAGGGAACAAACUCUAAUGUCAAUUGCCCAAUUGAGUGCUUCAUGCCUUUAGAUGUACAAGCUGACAGAAACGAUUCCCGAGAGUAAUGUCUUCAAACCAGAGGAACAAACCCUGUCUCUCUGCCAAGAUCCACCCAAACUGGAGUGAAGUUAGCAGAGCCCAUCUUCGAGCGUUUGCUUCUUUCUUAAGCCCUUUGCUCCGG